UCUUUUUUACGCUUUAUGGUCAUACAGUGAUCUGAGUUUUUACCAGCUAAGUUUUAACCCCAGUUUUAACCGUUUUAGGAGUCUAGAUCUACUCUGAAGGGUCAACCCCAAGUGCUACCUCAUGUAGUAAUAUGCUGAUAGCCUGAAGUCAUUUUGCACACUGUAAGUUUUCCUGUUGAGCGUUGUUAAGGCGUCGAUCAUGCACACGAGAGCGGUAAAUGGAACUGACGAAAAGACAGGUAACAUAUGCUCUAAGCCGUCUCCGUCUUUAUCGUGCGAAGGUGACCAGAACUCGAUUUUUGAUGGACAGGAUGAAUAUCCAAACGGAGAGGUUGCCAGGCCUGAAGAUGUUACAAAUAGUGAAAGCCGCCAAGGAAUACAUGUUGAAAUUGGGAGUGCAGAAGACCACGAUAGCAGUGUCAAAACACAUCUUUCGUCUCCUCUACACAAAAAUACAGAUGAACAGCGUGUGGAAUCUCUAUGUAACAAGCAAAAACAACGUCUCAGGUGUUUAGUUUGUGGCAGCUCUAACGGAACUGAUGAUACUGAAUACACAAUUCUAUCCUCCUGCCUACAUAUUGAAAGAGAAAUUCGUAAACUUUUGAAAACACUUCCUCCACCAAGUGAAUCAGAUAUUUGUUGUGGUAGCUGCCUGGAUUUAAUGAAGCUAUUUAUAAAUCUUAAGAAUGAUUUUCUCAUCGUUAAGCGGAAGAUAGUUGGUCUUCACCUUGAUGUGCAGUUAGAAUUGCAAAACAGUCAAAAUCAUGAGGAAGUAUGUGGCAAAAGACACCAAAGCAAAGGCAAUCAAAUGAAUACUUGUCAAGAACAAACUGUUGAGGGGCUCAUCAAGCUUGAAACUACCAAGCACGAAUAUGGUGAAGAUAAUCGUGAUGAAGAAAAGAAAAGCACAGAGGUUUACAAGUGUCAGCACUGCAGUGAAACCUAUACACAGUCAUCUGACUUAAAGAUUCAUAUUGUGAAGGAACACAGAAAUAUUAACACCAUAGAAAAAACAGUUGAAUGUCAAUAUCAUAAUAAUAACAAAGAUAAAGGUGUACAUACAGAACUGGAGAAAACAGACAAAUCUUUAAUUUGUAGAAUUUGCUUCAGUAACUUUGCAAGUGCAGAUGAAUGUACAAGGCAUGAAAGUACUCACUCUAGACAAAGGCAUUUCGUAUCAAUUGUAAGAGUAUUUAAAUGUCAACACUGUAAUGAAAAAAUAUUUAGUAAGCUGGCAUUCUUAAGACACAAGAACAAUUGUUUGAAGAACAUUGGUUUGAUAUCUUCAAAGAAACAGAAAAAUCAGAUAAAAAAUAAUGAUAAGAAAAAAGAAGCCACUGAUGCCCAAAUGAAAAUUUACAAUUGUGCAUAUUGUGAAAAAACAUUCACUAGGGGAAAUACACUUGUUUUACAUGAGAGAGUUCACACUGGUAAAAAAGUUUUUAAAUGUGAGCACUGUGAAAAGUCAUUCACCAGGACAACUGACCUUGUAGAGCAUGAAAAGAUUCAUGAAUUGACCUGUUCUUAUUGUGGUAAAUCUUAUUGGGGAACUAGAGCUCUUAAAAGGCAUGAGAAAACCCAUACUGAGAAAUCCAAAUGGAAAACAAAAAUAUUCAAUUGCUCAUUCUGUGAGAGGACUUUCAAUAGGAUAAGGGCACUAGAUUUACAUGAAGUUAUUCACAAGGAUGACAGACUCAAAUGUAAACAAUGUGAUAAGCCUUUUACCAGUAAAGGUGAUCUGUGGAAACAUGAAAAAUCUCACGAAUUAAAAUGUUCCCAGUGUGGUAAAUCAUGUUGGGGAAGAAGGGCUCUUGAAAAACAUGAGAAAGUUCACAGUGCUGAAAAACCACAUGUAUGUUACAUCUGUAACAAGUCUUUCCUCUAUAGAAGAGAACUAGAUUCACAUAUAAGAACUCACACUGGAGAGAGGCCAUAUUUAUGUCAGUACUGUACUAAAAGCUUUGUUCGAAGCUCAAAUUUGAGAAUGCAUGAAAUGACCAUGCACACUGGAGAAAAGCCACACAAAUGCCAAUAUUGUCAACGGGGAUAUUCAACCAAAAUUGCUUGUGAAGAACACGAGCGUUUUCACACGGGUGAGAAGCCAUUUAAGUGUGAUUUUUGUGACAAAAGAUUUGCUAGAAAAUCAAAUUGGAGAUGUCAUGUUAAGAACCACCUUGGAAUUAAACCACAAGUUUGUUCUUACUGUGGAAAAAGAUUUAGUGUCAGGAGCAUACUUGCUAUACAUGAAAGAACUCACACGGGAGAGAGGCCAUUCAGAUGUAAAUACUGUGAUAAAACAUUUUUAAGGAAAUCCAAAUGCAAUGCACAUGAAAGGAAUCACACUGGAGGAAAACAGCCAAAAUUUGCCCAAUCAGUGUAAAGAUCUAAAAAUUUUUAAAGAAGGUGCAGUUUUAAUGUGUAAUAACUUGGAUCUUUUCAAUUGAGAUAAAUGUGAAUUUUACAGAUACUGUAUUUUUUCAAGUCUAAUUUUUUUAAAUAAGAGCAAUCCUAAUGAGUGGUUGCAACAAAACUGAACAUCAGAAUACCUUAUAAUUCUGUUUUAUGCAUUAAAAUCACAAAUGCUGUACAAAAAUAUAAUGUUUAUGAUUUUAAAAUGAGGUAUCUGAAAGUUUGAUCAUUUUUGCCCAUUGAAAGGAUUGAGUCAUUACAGUAUUUUUCCGGCUGAACAAGAGAUUAAUUUGGUUUUUGACUUGGCAUUUGGACUUUAUUUUAAAUUAGUCCAUUAUGAAACUAGUAGAAGUGAUUUAUAUUUGUUACUUGAAAUCCACAUUCACUAUUUAUGUGACACAAAGGAACAUUGCUUUGCUUUGAAAAAAAUAUCUUAAGUUCUUUUUAUUUAUGAUAUACAUGAAUGGAAUCAAUUACCAUUAGAACUAAGAAAAUAAGCUUAGCAGAUGACUUCACCAAAGAACUGAAAACUCUUCUUUGAAAGAAAUUUUAAAUGAACAUUUUAUACUUAAAAGAACAUUUGAACUGGACAUCUCUUUACUAUUACAAUAAUAAUAAUAAUGGUAAUCCAAUUUAUUUGCAACCAAAAGACAUUGCAGUGGUGCGUUGGGGAGGGAUUAGAAGUCCAAGGAAUGGAAGUACAGGGUCCCAUAUGAUGAGUACAGGCUAGGGAUAGAACGCAUUCGGAACAGCAGACUAACAAAUCCACAGAUCAAAUAUGGCCAACCCACUUAAAGACUUGUUGCAUAUUCCCUGCCAGGAAUCUAUUCAGAAUUAAGCUGCAAGCU